AUGGCCGCGAGGGUGCUCGUCGACGAGGUCGCGGGGCUGCCCGGCAACCCCAGAGUCUUCUUCGACGUCGACAUCGACGGCAAGCGCGUCGGCCGCAUCGAGAUGGAGCUCUUCGCGAGCCUGUGCCCGAAGACCUGCGAGAACUUCCGCUGCCUCUGCACGGGCGAGAGGGGCGUCGGCCUCUCGGACGUGCCGCUGUGGUUCAAGGGCAACGUCUUCCACCGCGUGCUGCCCGACUUCAUGUGCCAGGCCGGCGACCUCACGCACCUCAACGGCACGGGCGGCGAGUCCAUCUACGGCCAGUUCUUCGACGACGAGUACGACGACGGCUACGUGAGCCACGAUCGAAGCAUGCUGAUGUCCAUGGCGAACCUCGGGCCGGAGAAGCCGAACACGAACAGCAGCCAGUUCUUCUUCACGGUCUUCCAGGCGAAGCACCUCGACGGGAAGCACGUCUGCUUCGGCCGCGUGACCAAGGGCGGCGGCGUCGUGAAGCGCGUCGAGUUCUGCGGCACGCCCGUGUCGGGCAAGCCCCAGAAGACCAUCGUCAUCGCCGACUGCGGCGAGCUGCGAUACUAA